AUGGUGUCUCCGGCCAUCGCCCUGGCCUUCCUGCCCUUUGUGGCCACCCUGCUCAUCCGAUACCGCCAUUACUUCCUGCUCUUCUACCGAGCGGUGCUCCUCCGGAAGGUGCGGGACUACCUGACUGGCCUCUCGCGGGAGGAGCGGGCCUUCCGUUACGUCCUGACCCACGCCAUCCCCGGAGACCCCCUGCACAUCCUGGAGACCUUCAACCAGUGGAGCUACCACUGCGAGUACCUCAGCACCCUGGGACCCCAGAAAG